AUGCCUUUGCCACCUAUAAAGAUUUCCUCGACACCUAGAGAAACAACGUCACCCGUUUCUCCGACAACGCCAACAACACCUAAAUCUGUGUCCUCGAGCAGUACUGUUUUUAUUAAUAAUGCUUUGGAAACUAUUAGCGCGAGUAGGGAGGGAAGAAGAAAGGGAAAACUAAAAGAUAGUCUUGUCAAAGCUAUUGAAAUGAUCAAAAAAGAGGAAAUGACGGGAGAAAGUAGCGAUGCAAAUAUAAUAUUCGAACCACUUCAAUUGGCCUGCCAGACAAGAUCCACAUCUCUUAUGAUAACAGCACUAGACUGUAUUGGAAAACUGAUCUCUUAUAAUUAUCUGAUUGAGCGGCCGGUUCCAUGGACCCCAGAUUUGGGCAACGAAAAAGAACCUGGGACUACUACGCGUGUCAUCAAAAAACCCUUGUCCGAACGUGUUGUUGAUACGAUUUGUGAUUGCUUUAUUGGCGAGUAUACAGAUGAUAAAGUGCAAUUACAAAUAAUAAAGGCGUUACUUGAGGCUGUAUCAUCGACAAAAGUGCCAAUCCAUCAAUCUUCUCUAUUAAAAUCAAUUCGAUCAGAAAUGGAUCUUGGAAUGAUGAUGACACAUGAUCAAGGAGGCGAGAUGGGAACAGAACUUGAAAUCAACGGUAAUAACGAUAGCGGUGAAAUAACACGGGAAUUUUCAAAUGAUGUGACUACUACACCGACUGUUGAACCAGACAAUCCGUUAAAUAAAGAAUUAGGGCAAUUAAAAGCGGCAAGUGAUUCGCGAGAAGAGAUUGUGAAAGCUGUUGCCGAAGAAAUGGAAGAAAGCAAAGGAGGCUCAGGUGAAUCUUCUGUAGAAGGAAAACUCACAUUAAAAUCUUUUGAAAAUCGUAAAUCAUUUGAGGGUGCUUCCGAACUUGACAACGUCAACGGCACAUCAACAACUAGACCCGACCUAUAUGUCAAGGAUGCAUUUCUUGUAUUUCGAGCACUUUGUAAAUUAUCCAUGAAACCACUGUCUUCUGAAACUUCAAUGGAUCUGAAAUCGCACUCCAUGCGGUCUAAAUUAUUGUCACUUCACCUGAUAUUAACGAUAUUAAGUUCACAUAUGCCCGUUUUUGCAUCACUAGAAGUGAUUAUUACGUCAUCGACCACUUAUGAGAGUACACCGUUAAUUCAAGCAGUAAAACAGUAUUUAUGCUUGAGUUUGAGUAGGAAUGCUGUAAGUCCUGUACAACAGGUGUUUGAAAUCAGUUUGGAGAUAUUCUGGAAAUGCAUGAGUCAGUUGAGAAGUCAUUUAAAGAAAGAAAUUGAAGUUUUUUUUAAUGAAAUUUUUUUACCAAUUCUGGAAAUGAGAAAUUCUUCAACACAACAAAAACAUGCAUUGUUGAAUAUUUUAUUAAGAAUUUGUAAUGAUCCACAAAGUCUUGUGGAAAUUUACCUUAAUUAUGAUUGUGAACGUGAAGCAUUAGAUAAUAUAUAUGAAAGGAUCGUGAAUAUUGUAUCAAAGAUCACAACCAGUUAUUCUACCGGGAUAAUUACAUCAUCUUCCUCAACAAUAUCUUCUUCCUUCGAUCCAAACAAAGAAUCAUCUACGACGAACACAUCAUCUAACAAAAAUACUGGAUUUUCUUCUCCAAUAGUCGUUAUUCCACCGUCACUCACUACCACAACUGUUGAAAAAACAAAGCCACCUCAAUCACCAUCUAACUCUCAAACAGAACUCGUAUUGAAAAGUCAAGGGCUUGAAUGUCUUGUAUCUGUUCUUCGUUCUCUCGUUGCUUGGUGUAGUAAUAAAUCAGAUGAAGAAAAUGAUGCGUAUUUUCGCAAAAGCGAUGAUACUCUCCUUGAGGCGACAUCUCCUCGUAAAUCUUCGCCAACCUCUUCAAUAGUGUCACUUGGUUCACAAUCAACUAACACCAAUGAGAAAAUUACGAACGUUUGGAAAGCGAUGGAUGAUCCCGAACAAUUUGAAAAUCUAAAACAUCGUAAACAAAUACUUCAAGAUGGUAUUAAGACUUUUAACUUCAAGCCAAAAAGAGGUAUUCUUGCUCUAUUAUCUGCAGGCUUCAUCGCGAGCACGGCUCCAAUCGAUAUUGCACGAUUCUUGUUAACUUCCGAAGGAUUGAAUAAAGCUAUGAUAGGAGAAUAUCUGGGCGAAGGUGAACCCGAAAAUAUUGCUAUUAUGCAUGCAUUUGUCGACUUGAUGGAUUUCAGUCAGAUGAGAUUUGUCGAUGCGUUGAGGCUAUUUCUACAAUCUUUUCGAUUACCAGGUGAAGCUCAGAAAAUCGAUAGAUUUAUGUUGAAAUUUGCGGAACGUUAUGUGGACGGAAAUCCAAAUCAAUUUGCGAAUGCAGACACCGCGUAUGUUCUCGCAUACUCUGUUAUAAUGCUUAACACCGACUUACAUAAUCCGCAAAUAAAACGUCGUAUGACUAAACCGCAAUUUAUUCAAAAUAAUCGUGGUAUCAAUGAUAAUGCUGAUCUGCCGGAAGAGUAUCUGGAGGCGAUCUAUGAUGAAAUAUUAAUCAAUGAAAUCAAGUUAAAGGAUGAACAAGAAGCCGCGGUGAUGCAACAGGCUGUGCCACCGCCAUCUGGAGGUAUCGGAAUAUCUACCAUUGGAAAUGCGAUAGUUAAUGCUGGUCGCGAUUUUAAACGAGAAGCGUAUCAGGUUGCGUCUGAAGAGAUGGCUAAUAAGACUGAGAAUCUUUUCAAGAGCAUGUUAAGAGCUCAACGUCGCGGUAUUUACACAGCAAACACGACAUUUUAUAGUGCAUCUCAUUUUGAACAUGUUCGUCCAAUGUUUGAAGUUGCCUGGAUGCCUGUGCUUGCUGGGUUAUCGGGGCCUUUACAAAUCACCGAAGACCCUCAUAUAGUAACUUUGGCUCUGGAAGGAUUCAAAUUGGCUAUUCGCAUAAUAUGUCUUUUCGAUCUAGAACUUGAACGCAACGCAUUCGUCACUACUCUUUCAAAAUUCACAUUUUUGAAUAAUUUGGGCGAGAUGAAACCGAAAAACGUUGAGGCGAUAAAAACUCUUUUGGAUAUUGCAUUGACUGAAGGAAAUUAUUUGAAGGAUUCUUGGCGUGAAGUGUUAAUUUGUGUCAGUCAAUUGGAAAGAUUUCAGUUGAUCAGUAAUGGAGUUGAUCAGACUGUUGUGCCGGAUUUGUUUAAUGCGCGAAAACCAAAUCGAAAAAGUUCCGCUGAGUCUUCAGUUUCAAGACGUACUUCACUCUCUAAACGUUCAUUUUCUUCAAAAUCAGUUUCACAAGUUGUGUUUGCAGAAGACGUCGCGAUGCAAAGCAGAUCUUCAGAAGUUGUCGUAGCUGUCGAUAAAAUAUUUAGUACAAGUUCAAAUCUCUCAGGGACCGCUAUAGUUGAGUUUGUACGAGCAUUAUGUGAGGUUUCUUGGGAAGAAAUACAAUCUUCUUCAAUGACAGAACACCCUCGAAUCUUCAGUUUACAAAAAUUAGUCGAGAUUUCAUACUACAACAUGGGACGUAUUCGUAUGGAAUGGUCUAAAGUAUGGGCGAUUUUAGGCGAACAUUUUAAUCAGGUUGGCUGUCACCAAAAUGUACGCGUUGGAUUCUUUGCAAUCGAUUCUCUUCGUCAAUUGUCGAUGCAAUUUUUAGCCAAAGAAGAAUUGCCCCACUUCAAAUUCCAAAAGGAUUUCUUGAAACCAUUCGCAUAUAUUUUGGCCAACAACCCAAAAAUCGAAUUAAAAGAUAUGGUAUUAAGAUGCUUACAACAAAUGAUACAAGCGCGAGCACAAAAUAUAAAAUCUGGAUGGAAAACGAUGUUUAGCGUGUUUUCAUCGGCGGCGAAAGAGUCACAUGAAUCGAUUGUUGUCAUGGCAUUCGACCUUGUAAAAGGGCUAUUCAAAAAUCAUUUCGAAGAUGUGGUGGCUAAUAGCACAUACCCCGAUCUGAUGGUGUGUUUGUGUGAAUUUUGUAAGAACGAUCGGUUUCAGAAAACAAGUCUUCAAGCCAUCGAACUGAUUGAUCAAUCAAUAUCAAAAAUGUUGGAGUAUCCAAAAUAUCAAAUUAAUGGUCAAAUAAUCGGAACUAACGAGGAUCCCUCGUUCAAAUUCUGGUAUCCUGCUUUGUUUGGUUUUCAUGAUAUAAUUAUGAAUGAAGAAUUUUGGGAUGUCAUCUGUCGACAAGUGCUCUUUCCUAUGUUUGGCGUGCUCAAGUCCAGCGAAGACUUUCUAAAAGUAGAUACACAUGAAGAUAUGAGCGUGUGGUUGUCCACAACUAUGAUACAGGCUUUACGUAAUAUGGAUGGUAUUAUUGACCUGAAAGAAGGUCAGGCACUUUCACGGAUCGGAAGUUCUUGCUUACAACAAUUGAUAGAGAACAAUGUGACAAAUUUAGAUUUUGUGCAUUGGGGAAAAAUUAGUCAAGCAUUUUUACGGUUAUUCAAGAUAUCGACACCUUAUAAUUUACUAGACGAAGACAAUCAUUUCCUUGAAUCGGCACAUGAAUUAUUUGAUGAAGAGGAAGCGAUGAAUGAAGAUCAAGAAGACGAAGAUCUCGUGAUAGACAUAGACUCAGUUCGGAAAGAAAUCAGUAGUUGGAACAACGACAGCGAAAUUGAUGAAUUCUCUUCACCCGCAAAGAAAAAAACAGCACAGAUUCGUCAACGACAUUUUGAAGAAUUCGACGACAUAAAAGUGAAAUGUAUACUACAUCUGCUUGUCAUUGAAAACAUCAAUGAAUUGUUGAAAACAGAAAUUAUUUAUAAGUCGAUGCCAGUCGAACAUUUAUUGAUUAUCGCAGGGUGUCUUGAAAAAUCGCAUGAGUUUGCGAUUAAAUUUGAUGAGAAUUAUGAGUUGAGGUUGGCGCUUUGGAAAUUGGGAUUUAUGAAACGUCUACCUAACUUGCUAAAACAAGAAUCAAUUAGCGCGACCUCAUACAUAAAUCUAACGUUACGCAUGUUACGUGAUCCAAACGAAGAUCGACGACAAAAAAAGCAAGAAAUAGAAAUGCAAUUAAUACCACUAACAUUAAAUAUGCUACGACGCUAUAACUCUUUCGACCGUAAGACUCAAGCACCAUAUGUUAUCGCGUGGACACCGGUCAUUGCUAACGUACUUCAUGGUUAUUUGAGUUUUUCUGAUGAAGAUUUUCUAAAGUAUAUUAACAACAUUUAUCCGGUUGCUUUGGACCUACUACUUCACGAUAUUGGAAAAGAUGUAUGUCCGGCUUUGCAAGAACUAUUUAUACGAACUGGAGUUCUAUAUAAAAUAAUCAACACCACAUCCACCGUCAUCUCGAACUGA